AUGUCCCCCAUCCCAAUAACGAUCAUAACCGGCUUCCUUGGUUCCGGCAAAACGACCCUGAUCCUGAAUCUCCUCCCCCAGCUCCCCCUAGCCUACCGGCUCGCGCUCCUCAAGAACGAAUUCGGCGAUCUGGCCAUAGACUCACAGCUGGCUUCCUCGGCCGCCGUCUCGGGCGUGCAGGAGCUCCUGAACGGCUGCAUCUGCUGCAACCUCGUCGGGCAGCUCGGCGAUGCCCUCGACACCCUGCGCACCGACGUACGCCCCGACCGCAUCGUCAUCGAGACCUCUGGAAGCGCGUUUCCGGCCACGCUGGCCAUGGAGGUGAAUCGGCUGGCGCGAGAGACGGGACACUAUGUGCUCGAUGGCGUGGUUGCGGUCGUGGAUGUCGAGAACUGGAGGGGGUAUGAAGACACGAGCCCCACGGCGAGGAUGCAGGCGCGGUAUACGGAUCUGAUUGUGCUGAAUAAGUGGGAGGGCGUGGGUGAGAGGGCGCUGGACGAUUGCUAUGAUCGGCUUGGGGCGAUUGAGACGGAGACGGCGACGGUGAAGAGUGAAAUGGGGAGGGUGCCGGUCGAUGUCGUGUUUGGGCUUGAUGGGAAGCUGGCGAGGGAGGGGGCGAGUUUGGGUGGGGAGAAGAGACAUGAGCACGGGCAUCAGAGUGAGGUUGAGGUGCUGAGUGUGACCAUGGUGGGAGGGGACAGCGAGAAGGGCGUGGACUUGGACAAGUUGAUGAUGAUGUUGGAGGAUGCGCCCAAGGACGAGGUGUAUAGAAUCAAGGCCGUGCUUUACGCCUCUGGGUCGCCUACAUCAUCCAACGGCGAGAAGGCGCCAGUAUCUACGGUAAAGGAACCGAGCAGAUACAUCCUCAACUGGGCCUUCGGCAGAUGGACAUUCACCCCAGCAGGAGUGGAAUCUGCCUUGACGACCCCACCGACGUUGCGAAUGACCAUCGUUACGGCGCGGUAUGAGUCGAACAAGUGGAAGAAGAGUAUUGAAGGCGGAGAGUACAUCGCCUUAGCAGAUGGAGCGAAUGGACAAAACCUUGGCGUGGAGAGGAUUUCAUAA